CCCCACCUCCCUGCCUACCGACCUUAUGCAAAGAAGGGGAAAGAGGGCACUUUAUUCAAAAUAACCUUACUAUGACUAUGCAGUCACAAUCGCAGACCUAGAACAUUCAACAAUACAAUCAAUCAAUCAAUCAAUCAAUCAAUCAAUCAAUCAAUCAAAUCAAUCAAAUCAAUCAACCUUCAUAUUCAACUGAAGUAUUGAAGUGUGCAUCACCCGUUCUGCUCUUCAAUUCACACUCGUUCUUUCCCUUAUUAAAUACCUACAUUCUAUUCUCAUUUGACUUUUACAUUUUACAAUAACUUCAUUCUUUUUACCCUUGGAAAGCCCUCUGCGAUUUCACAAAGUGAUUCGCUCGCUCUCUUGACAGUGCAGAUCCGCGAUAAGAAGUCACUGUGCAUAAACAAUGUCGAGCUUCAUAACCAACCUCUUCCCCUCAGUGCAAGCUGGCAAACAUGACAACAUUUUGCCGGUUCCGCCCCCACCUCUACAUACUCGGUCCAGUCAAAAUGAGGGUCUCGUCGAUCGGCCCAGCACUCCUGUUAAUAAAAGCAAUUUCAUCAAUCCUGUCUCAACACCCCAAGGAAGUCCAAGCAAGAAUCGCAAUCCACCUGGAGCAAACGAGUUACCUACUGCUUUCGAUACUGCUAUGAAGCUUACUCCUGCUAAUUUGAGCAGUCCAACCAAACUUGGCCGUGUUCCGAUUGGCACACCACUGACUCCAGGGAAGGGAGCAAACGCCAACGCUGUCGACGAGUACUUUGGUAAUUCUACCGGAAACACCGACGAGAGCAUUCUACACAAAUCUACCAUCCCUUCGGGAAGUCCUGUGCGUCGACAAGGUAAAGAAAAUAAUACCCCUCAAACCACAAGACCAACAGAUUCUCCAUCGCUCAACCAGGCAGCAACCUCCCGCGAUUCUCCUUCUCUCAACCAGGCAGCAAUCUCCCGCCAGGAGCUUUAUCAAACGCGAGAAAUCCCACCACCGCCUACGAGAAAAUACAAUACCCAACGCGGAUUGACGGCUGAGGAAUUGGAAAUUUUGCAUAAGCCAAAUGUCAAGCGUCUGGCAAAUGUAACUCAGCUUUGUGAGUACUCGUAUCUGCGUGAUUAACCAUCACUAAUACUCAGCAGACUUUCUUGAUUACUAUUAUGAUCUUUUGAGCUACGUUGGCGCACGACAGACUCGACUUAAUCAUUUCAAGGAACAAUAUCCGUCCCCUCCGGGGACUCCCGAAGAAGUAUACAUUCCCGUUUGGUCAAAAUAUGCUGGUAGGGAGCGGGCCAAUUUACGCAAGCGUCGAGUUCGUUUACGUCAAGGCGAUUUCCAAAUUUUAACACAAGUUGGACAAGGUGGUUAUGGACAAGUCUUCCUCGCUCAGAAGAAGGACACUAGGGAAGUCUGUGCCUUAAAGGUUAUGAGCAAGAAAUUGUUGUUCAAGCUGGACGAAGUUAGACAUGUUCUUACUGAACGUGAUAUCUUGACCAACGCAAAAAGCGAGUGGCUUGUUAGAUUGCUCUACUCAUUCCAAGACGAGAAGAGUAUAUAUCUAGCCAUGGUGAGUUUUACUUAGCCAUAGCUAUUUGCAUACCGUUAACUAGUUUUAGGAAUAUGUCCCGGGUGGAGAUUUCCGAACCUUGCUCAACAAUACUGGCGUACUUGCUAAUAGACAUGCUCGAUUCUACAUUGCCGAGAUGUUCUGUUGUGUGGAUGCUUUACACCAACUUGGUUAUAUUCACAGAGAUCUCAAGCCUGAGAACUUCUUGAUCGACUCGACAGGACAUGUCAAGCUUACUGAUUUUGGGCUUGCUGCAGGUUUCCUUGCUCCAGGAAAGAUCGAGUCUAUGCGUGUGAAGCUUGAAAAAGUCGGAGAGACAUAUGUUCCAUUCGGUAAACCUAUUGAAGAGCGUACUGUUGCCGAACGUAGAGAAGGUUAUAGAUCAUUGAGAAAUAAGGAUGUCAAUUAUGCCAAAUCAAUCGUUGGUUCGCCCGAUUACAUGGCACCUGAAGUUUUGAAAGGCGAUGAGUAUGACUACUCUGUUGAUUAUUGGAGUUUGGGUUGUAUGCAUUUCGAGGCUUUGACAGGCUUUCCUCCAUUCGCUGGUGCUACCGUCGACGAGACCUGGAAGAAUUUGAAGCAUUGGAGAGAAGUAUUAAAGAGGCCAGUUUGGGAGGAUCCAAAUUACUUUAUUAGUAAUCGUACUUGGAACUUUAUUACAAGGUAAUUUUUGAUUCUGCAUACCACACAAGCAUUUGCUAAUACGAACAGCUGUAUUACUUCCAAGGUUAAACGUUUCUCCAAUAUUUCGGAAGUUUAUGGACAUCAAUAUUUUGCCGAGGUUGACUGGAACACACUUCGUUCGCAACGUGCUCCAUUUGUACCAGAGCUGGAUUCUGAAACUGAUGCGGGCUACUUUGAUGAUUUUAGCAGUGAAGCUGAUAUGGCCAAAUACAAAGAAGUCCAUGAUAAACAAACUGCUCUGGAGAACAUGGCCGAUCGAGAAGAUGCUAUGAGCAAGAGUUUAUUCGUUGGAUUUACAUUCAGACAUCGUAAACCAAACACAGACGAUGAUGGAACCAAGUCAAGCCCAAGAAAACCUAUUGCAACCGACGGUACUUUUGGGACUAUGCUAUGAGCAUAUUAUGAUCUUGAUGAUUGUCUACAUUUGAUUCGAUAUUUGGUUUAGGGACAUGAAAACGGGCGGGUUGGGAUGGGAUGGGGCAGGAUGGGAAACACUGGAUGUGGCUAUGGUGGCUAUGGAAGGAUGGUAAUGUGGAGUAGGCGGUAACAACAAGGCAUAUCUGCGGCGUUAAGAGUCAGAUUGCUUGACUUGACCCUGUAAAACUAUUCCUGGUAUCUUGUUUUUUCACGCGUUUCCUGCGGCAUUUGCUUAUCGCGCUCGAUUCUGGAGUUAUCAUUUGUCGCACCAUAAUAUGGGUGGGGUUAAUUAUUGAUUGUUAGCACAACGCAGACGCAAAA